AUGUCUGACGCUGCCGUUCCGCCCAAGAAGGCCUCGCCGAAGAAGGCAGCGGCUAAGAAGCCUGCCGCCAAGAAGACUGCUAAGAAACCAGCCAUGAAGAAGCCUGCUGCGAAGAAGAGGGCCGCCCCCAAGAAGAAGCUUGCAGCAGCCAAGAAAGCUGUUAAUAAGAGUGCUAAGCAGCCGGAUCAGAAGAAGGCAUCCAAGAAAAUGGUAGUAUUUCUUGAUUGUUUGAAGCAUUUUGGUUGGUUUCAGUUGUUGUAUUUUAUUAUUAUUAUUUUUUGUUUUGUUGUUAGAUGGUGGUGGUUAUUAUUUUGGUGUUUUUUUUUUUUUUGUGUGUGUGUGUUUUUCUUUUUGUGGUUUGCGAUUUUAUUUGAAUAUUGUGUGUGUAUUGAAAGGAGAUUCUUUUUUUUUUUUUUUUUUUUUUUUUAUCUGGUUGAAGUUGAAUGUUGUAUGGUUGCCAAUUUGAAGCACAAUGAGGAGUGUCUUUUGCUGGCUUUUUUGCCCGUGUUUAUUGUUUUUGAUUGUUCUUGCGACGUUGCCGGGUGA